AAAGUGGCGGAUUGAGAAUGUCAUUUCGCAUUCCGUUGUUUUUUUUAUCACAGCAGAGCAAGGUAGUAGGUACAUUUACAUUAUGUAGACUCGUGCGCAUAACGUCAUAGCCUUCGAUUGAACUAUUGCAAAUAAAAACAAGUUAUCCAACAAAAAACUCUACUGUAAAGUGAUUGUGAUACGCUGUGAUUUACAGGAGUGCAGUGAAAGUUCGUCUGUGCGCAAAACUUUUUGAAUUUGGAACUGGGUUUUCAAUUUUGUUUGUGCCAAGAAAAUACUUAAGAUGCAGGAGGGACUAGAAGCUCUUUAAACUGCUCACUAUGUGCCAUUCCAAGUUCCCCGUACAAAACAACACACCAAUGGCUGAAAGUAAAAACACUACAACGAUGACGGAAUGCGAAAACAAUACAACAAUGGCGGAAAACAAAAACUCCCUCAGAAAAAAACUAUGGGAACCGUUAGUCGCACUAUUCCGAAAGAACAAGAAAGACAAGAAGAAACAAACAAAAAACAGAAAGCAAGAAUCAGAGGAAAUUCAAACAAAUAUUAAUGAGAUUACACAAAAUGAGAUGCGCGUGGAAGCGCCAUUCGAGAAUCUCCUCAAAAAGUUGGAGAAACUCGAAAUCGAGAAGAAAGCACGGCUGAAUAACGAAGCAUCGGGUCUCAACGACCAAGACGACGACUCUAUUUGCGAUUUUCAAAAUGAGGUUGAAAGAGAGAAAGGAGUGUUAGAAGAGUUUAUAGAAACAGACAAAAAGUCACGAAUAGAUUCAACGCCGAGUCUUAACGAUUGUGACGCAGAACUUCUGGAGAAUUUCAACCAACUUGUAAUCGAGAAGAAGGAAGAUGAAGAAGACGAUGAAGAAUUGAAGAAGUUUUCAACUAAAAUUGUGUGCGAAGACAGGGCUUCGCGGAUCGAUUCUCAGUCAUCCGAAGAUAGUGGAUUCGCUGAUAACUCAGCCCAAGAUUCUGAUGGAAAUGAAGAUGGGGAUAAAGAAGAGGAAGAUGAUAAAGAAGAUAUUGGUGGUAAGACUAAAAAGAAGAAAGUGCAGAAGGCUUACCUCAGAAGGGGUCCUGACAGGAACGACAAAUUAAAAUCCAAGCAAGCUACCGCUUCCAUUCGUCCAUAUGAGAUACGGAACCCUCAGAUGCACUCUGGCGGGCAAGUGAUCGUGAAAACAGACUUCGUCACAGUGCCCACACCGCCGAAAAUACACGAUCAACUCCCACCGUCAAUCAACAUAUCAACUUGUGAAGAAAUUGACCUGUCUUUCUUAUCUCAAGAAGAUAUAAACAAAUGCCUAAGUGUUUUGCCAUUUGAAGUUGAUGAAGGGUUAAACCAACCCAGCCAAACAUAUCAACCCUCCCAAACAUAUCAAUUCACCCAAACACAUCAACUCUCCCAAACGCCUCAAUUCGCCCAAACAAAUCAACUUACACAAACAUAUCAACUCGCCCAAACGCAUCAACUCGCCCAAACAAAUCAACUUACACAAGCACAUCAACCCAGUGAACCCGAAAAUCUCCUAGAUCUGGACAUGAAUGAAGAAUUUGAUGACGUAAGCGAAAAUGUUGGCUUGGAGUUGGAGCGUUACAUACUACCAACACCACCCAGCUCUGUCAACAGCUUUUUGUAUUCCCCCCAAAAUUCAAGCAUGGAAUCCCCCCACAAAACCAUAGACACCUCACCAGGGAGCCCCAAUUUGUCGUUGGACGACGAUCUCGAAAAGUUUAUGGAAAUAAUCCCUAGAUCUUUACCAAUUCACGCACGCAAUGCAUCACCAAUUUUCCCCCAAUUUGGGGAAAUCACACCACCUGAUAAUUCAAUAAAAACUUCACCACCCUAUCAGUAUGGGGAAAUCACCUCACCCGAGAACUCAGUGAUGUCUUCACCAUCGUACCAACAAUUUGGGGAGAUUACCCCACCCGGAACAGUGUACAAAAAUCUGAAAAAUUACAAAGACCGCCAAAAGGAGUUGGCGAAGCAAUUCGCCAAAAUGGAGUGUUGCCAGUUAAUUUUGAAACCCUGUAAGGAGAUCUUUCAAGAGAAACUACAUAAGCUGUCGAAGGAGAAGAGAAAAUGGCUGUGCUUGAGUGUUGCCAGCUUGGAGCUGAAAUCUGCCUACAGCGUCCUUAUUCAUACACUACGGGACCUGUCCAAAAGUGACAAGGAGGAAGAGCUCAAGGAGGCGCUCUUCUGUCUGGUGUGCACCAAGGUGCUGUCAGAACAGAAGACACUCUUCGUCGAGGAGUUUGGUCUGAGCCUGCUGCGGUUCGCGGUGCUACAGUGCUACCAGCGGCCGGUGAUCACUCGCUAUCUGGUGGAAUGCGUGCGUGUGGUCACCAGGAGCGACGAGUACAAACGUACGGGCGACAUUGUCUUCACUGAGGUGGACUCCCUGGGCGACAACCUGCUGAUAGCGUGCGUGCGCGCCGGGGACAGGUGCGCCAACGUGCUCCGAGAGUUAGUGCGCGCGGAGGAGCACGACGUGCCUCUGUUUGAUGUGCACCAUGUGAACACUGACGGUUGCACAGCUCUCCACGAGUGCUGCGCUAAGCACAGCGCGAGUGCACCGCGCGUGCACUCCCUGCAUGUGCUGCUACAGCACGCCGCUGCCGAUCGCUGGAAACAGGACCGCAAGGGGGGAGAGACUCCCCUCCACCUGGCGGUGAACUCCGCCAACUGCGAGCUGGACAUGAUCCUCAUCUACUUCCACAACAUCGACCGGAGCAAGUGGUUCCACCUGGCGCACGUCGAGAACCGCAGUCAAAAGAAUCCACUGGAGUACGCGAAAUUCGCCAAAAAGUCGAGACCGAACUACCCGCGGGAGAUUUUGGACUUCCUGGAGAGAUGCCGGAAAUAACGAGAUUAUAAUUAUAAGAAUUAUUGUUAACAAUAAAAAUAAGUUUAAAAAUAUGUGCAUGAUAAACUUUUGUUCACAUCCCUAAUUGUCUAUGGUUUCUCAAACUUUCGGCUCCACAAACCCCUGUAAAAGGAGAUCAUUCAUUUUGGGCCCUUUUUGAAAGUGCCGGCCAACGAAAAAAAAUGGCACGAAUCGUUAGAACUAAUCAUUUGAAGUAAUAGCUAAUAUGGCAUAAAAGUUGUCAGGUGGCUCUGAACCAAAUUAUACAGGUUCGAUGAUUCGUUAUUUCCAUACAUUUUGUCAAAGAAAAAAAACUAGAAAUACAAUCUUUGUGCCAUACUAACUAUUACUCCAAAUGGGCAGUUCUAACGAUACGUAUCAGUUUUUUUCUUGGCGGGCACUUUUGAAAAUCGACAAAAUGUAUGAAAAUAACGAAUCGUCGAACCUGUAUAACUUGGUUCAGAGCCCUCCUACAACUUUCAUGCCAUAUUAGCUAUUGCUCCGACUAACUAACGACGACAAAAAAUGGCACGACUAACGAGUCGUGCCAUUUUUUUUUGUUGGCCGGCACUUUCAAAAAAGAGCCCAGAAAUGUAUGACGCGUGAAUGAUCUCCUUUCCAAAUGACAGCGAACCCCUUACUAACUGAUGAAAAAAAAAAUUUGACUGUUGAAGAAAAUAAGGUUUUUAUUUGAAUAAAAGGUAGCACAUAAAGUAACAAAAGCAAUGUCUUUGUAAUAUUAAUGUUAUUGGGUGUGCUUGUUAUUGUCGCAAUGGAUUCAAUGUUAGGAGUAAUUUUGGACAAUUUUAACCUUAAUUCUGACUUGGUAUCAGUUACUUAAAUCUUGUCGAACCCCCUGCCGUCGAAUGGCGAACCCUGGGGUUCGCGUACCCCUUUUUGAGAAACCUUGGUCUAUGGUAUUUAAAUGUCUUCUGCUUGUGCCAUCUAUCGGAGGUUAGCAAUCAUAACGCCAAAUUAAACUGUAUUCACUGCUGCUUGAAACAGGUUAACAUAAAAACAAGAAUAUUUAAUAAAAGAAAAUUGUCCUGUAUAUAAUAUAUAGUUACGAAUAGAAACCGUUUUGUUAAUAAAAAAAAAUUGAUGUGUUUAUUUAUCGUUUAAAAACAUCACAGACGACAAAAUAAUUAAGAUAAACAUGUUCAGAACACAGGCACUGAUUGUCUAUGCCAUUCAACUGACAGCUGUCAAACUUGACAUUUACUGUAUGAAAAGGAAAAUUGCCAGUUUCUACAUACAAACAUUGUGUAUUUACAGACCCGACCUGGUAUCAAAUGCAAUUUUCUGUAUGUAAAGAAAUAUGUCAAUUUGUUUAUUUUUGAGGGAGGACAAAGAAUUUAGUAAAACAUACGUCGUCAUAGGGCACAAUAAAAAAUGCACAAAAAAAAACUUUUUCUAAACAGAGAGUUUAGAUAAGCUAAGUAAAACUAACUUUUUAUGGUUUAGCUUUAAUAUUACAAUUUACAAAACGAUAGAAAUUACGUUAAUUUUGUUAACACUAAACUUUAAUUGUUAUUUUUAAAUAAAAUACUAAGGUAGGUAUAUAUGUUUUUACAAGAGUUACGGAAUACAAGAGCCCAUAGACAGAAAUGAUCUCAAAGAGAACAUGCAGGGUUACCAAAUACAAAAAUAAAAACAGAUUUUUGAUCUUUAUUUUUUUUUCUAUAGGCCAUGAUAGACCGAAAAUAUUAAAAUAUAGGUAAUAACAUUUUUUAAAAAUCUAUAAAAUAAAUUAUAGUAAUAGUUCCUUUAAAAUUAACACUAUUUUAAACCAUUUUUCCGUAAGGAAAGGUAGGAUUCCGUAAUGCCUCAUUGGAAUACUUACAUUUUUUUUUAAGACUAGUAAGUGCAAAGAUGUUAUUUUUUAUGAUAAUAAAUUAUUUUUAUAGAAGAUUGUAGCGCCAUAUUGUAUAGUUUUGAAGGCUCAUGGUAUGAAAAUGCAUGCAAUUAAAUGAAGUAUGAGACAUUUAAAAAAAUGUUUAUGAGACUUCUAAAACGUAAUUAAAAAAAACAUGCAUACAGCCGAACGUAGAACCUCCUUUUUGGAAGUCUGUUAAAAAUAUAUAUUAUGCAACAAAAAGGCCAUUUGUUUAACCUUAAAGGUUAUAAAGGAGAUGGUCCAUUUCAGGUACACUCAUAUCAUUAAAAUUUAAAAUUUAUAUUAUUAAAAUCUAAAUAAGUGUAAAUAAGAAAUAAAUAAAAUUCAAACCUAAGUUUUUGAGUUAUCAAGAUGGCGCCCAUAGAGCAACUAUGAUAUGACAAAUGACAGCAAACGUCAAAUAUACCACUGUCAUCAAUCCGCCAUUAUUACCCAAAUUAGUAUUGCAUUUUUUGGGAGAGAAUAAAUAUUAUUUCGAAAGAAUUAAAGUAAAUUCGUAGAUUUGUAUAAUUAAAAAUAGUUAACAAAAAUAUUUUCUUUUAUUUCCGCCAGGGUACAAAGACUGGGCUCCAUACAAUUUUGAACCAUCUCCUUUUCUUUUUUUUUCCUUAUUCAUUUAAGAUUAGAUCCUUAUUCAUUAUAUUUUCCUUAAAAUAUUCGUAUCCACUUAACAUAAAAAGAUCAAACCAAAAAGAAAAACCAUGGAGCACUAGUCUUUUUAUAUUCUGUAUUAAAACUCUGCAGUUACUAGAUAUUAUCGGUUAUCUGUGUCCGUCUGCCUCUCGCUCACACGCUAUACGCAGGUGUAGUGUGUAAGCGAGACAAGGUACUGUCGUUGCAGGCUCUGUUAUUGAUUCGAUUAAUCGUAGUGUACCAUUGACCACUUAUAAUAAAAGGACGCACAAUCAUGUAGAAAAUUUCACUUAAAACUGGCCAAUUUUGCUUUGACAGUUUUAGAAUUAUUGGUAAAGAAAAUUAUACCUAAAGGCCUUUAAAUAUAGUCCAAUAUUCAAUAAAAUCCCAAAGUCAGAGCAAAUUCAAUCUUAAAGAUUAAGUUGAAGGUUGAAUUUGCAAAUGGGACUACUUGAAUUAAUAAUAAUAAUAAAGCCUUUUAUUUUCUCUUCUUCACAAUAUUUUACAAUUCAUUUAACUUAAAGUAGGUAUUCAUUGUUAUUAUUAAUCAGUCACAAUUUUUAAAACAACACAUUACAUAAUUAUUUCGUUAGAUAAUCAUAAUCCAUGCAUUGUCAUAAUCAUAAAGAAUAUUUAAUUAAUUAAUUACAAUUUUAAAACAAUAAAUCUAAAAUUAUACAUGUUUCCUAUUCUUAUUCCAUGCAUAUACCUAGUCAUUUAACAUAAUUAUAAUCUGAUCUAAUCAUUUAUUCUAAUGCAUACAUUUUUAAUGAUGUUCGUAGAUCAACAGAAAAAAUUGUAGAGCAUGAAGAGUAUGUUUUAUAUUAUAAAAACGUGAUACCAGGGAUAUACGGCGUGGGUUUCUUAGUUAAAAACUAUCUGAAAAAUAAUAUAAUAGAAUUUAUAGGAGUGUCAGAUAGAAUAGCUAUCUUGAACAUCAUACUUCCUGGUCACAAACAUCCAACUUCAGUCGUUCAGAUAUAUGCUCCUACCGAGGAAGCCAAAAAAGAAAUAAAAAAUGAGUUUUACGAAAAUCUAAAUAAACAGAUGGAGACUUUAUAUAACACUGUAAUUGUGAUGGGAGAUUUCAACAGUAAAAUUGGCCAGAGAGGAAAAAACGAAGAUAAAAUACUUGGACCCUACAACGGGCAAAAGGAAUGACAAUGGACACAGAUUGAUAAACUACGCGUUGGAAAAUAAUUUACAUAUUAUGAAUAGUUUUUAUAAAAGAAAAUUCGAACGAAAAUGGACGUGGAUAUCUCCUAACGGCCUUGUAAAAAAUGAAAUAGAUUUCAUAAUUACAAAUAAACCAAACCUUUUCUUAAAUGUGGAAGUUCUUAACAAGUUCAACUUCAAUACUGAUCACAGAUUACUUCGAAGUGACUUGCAUAUAUCUGAGCCAAAGAGAUCAAGAAAAAGCAUACAAAAUUCAAAACAACACAUUACGCUACCCAUGCCGAGUGACGUCUUAGAGUCUCUGAAAACUAAAUUAAUUUUAAUAAAAGAACUAAGAAUAGUACAAGAAAAGUACGAUACUCUAGAAGAACAAAUUAAAUUAACCAAGAAAAAACUAGAAAGAGACAAAACACUCAAAGAUAAAUUAGGACCAGUAGCAAGAGACUUAAUUAAAAAAAGAGCACAUUUAUUUGACAACAGAAAAAUCAAUAAACAAGAGAUAACUGAACUAAGUAAAAAAAUUAAUUUAGAAAUAAGGAAAUACAGACAUAAAUUAAGAACGGAAACAAUUCAAUGGCACAUUGCAAAAUCAGGUGGAAUUAAAAAUGCAUGGAAAGAACUUCAAGAAAACAGAGAUUGGAUUAGUAAAGUAACACACCAGAAAACUAAAAAACAGAUAUCUAAAACACGAAAUACUAGAAAUAGCGACUGAUUAUUACCGACAACUUUACAGUGACGAGCCCACAACGUCAACUUUAAGCAACGAGGAAGUAGCUGAAGAACCAAUUCCAACCAUACUAAGAGGCGAAGUUAUCAAAGCCAUAAAAACACAAAAGAGAGGUAAAGCACCAGGCGAAGAUAAUAUUUGCAACGAAGUUCUAAUUGGGGCAUCAGAAACCAUUUUGCAUACGCUUACGGAUCUAUUCAAUGAGAUUUUAAAAACUGAAUAUAUACCCCAUCAAUGGACUACGUCGACUAUAAUUUUACUUCAUAAAAAAGGAAAAACGGACGAUAUUUCGAAUUACAGACCUAUUUCGUUAAUGUCUAAUGUGUAUAAAAUAUUCUCCAAAAUAAUAUUAGAGCGAUUAACAAAGACCUUAGACGAAAAUCAACCAAAAGAGCAGGCUGGGUUUAGAAGUGGCUUCUCAACUAUCGACCACAUUCAUACCAUAAAACAAAUCAUUCAGAAAUGCAAUGAAUAUGGAAUAAAAUAUUACCUAGCCUUUAUAGACUACAAUAAAGCAUUUGACUCAAUCAAACAUGAGAAACUUUGGGAAGCCCUUAAUUCACAAGGCAUACAUAGCAAAUACAUUCGCAUAAUAAAAAACAUAUACGGAAAUAUGAAAGCCAAAAUACGCACAGAAAAAGUUGGAGAAUAUUUUCCCAUUAGACGUGGAGUUAGACAGGGAGAUCCUUUAUCACCUAAACUCUUUUCGGCAAUUCUAGAACAUAUUUUUCGGCAACUCGAAUGGAAUAAAUUUGGCAUUAAUGUGAAUGGAGUACUAUUAAACCACCUUAGAUUCGCCGAUGACCUAAUAUUAUUAUGCGAAGAUCCUAGGACCCUACAGGACAUGAUUGAACAACUAUUACAUGAAAGCGAAAAGGUCGGAUUGUCAAUGAAUACAGCAAAAACCAAGCUUAUGACAAAUUGCAUUAAGAUUCCUGUUAUUCCUAACAAUAUCACUGAAUUGGAAUAUGUAAACGAGUAUACAUAUCUAGGUCAAAUCAUAUCUCCCACAGACCUUACAACUAAAGAAAUCAAAAAUAGAAUAAGCAUAGGAUGUAAGAGAUACUGGACCUUAAAAGAUGUUAUGAAAAACUCGGAUAUGAAAAUUAAAGAUAAAAAGAAAAUAUUUAAUACCUGUGUUCUACCAAGCAUGACCUACGGAUGUCAGACAUGGAGUUGCACUAAUGAAAACAUUAAAUCAUUAGAAGUUUGUCAACACAGAAUGGAAAGAAGUAUGCUUAACAUAAAAUUAAAAGACAAAGUUCGACUAACAAAAAUUAGAAAACAAACCAAGAUUAUAGAUAUUAAAUACCAAAUUAAAAAACUAAAAUGGAAAUGGACUGGACAUCUAAUAAGAAGCAAGACUGAAAAAUGGGCCAAAGAAGUAACAGAAUGGUGUCCUAGAUACAAAAAAAGAAGUAAAGGAAGACCGCAUCGUCGUUGGGAAGACGACAUCAAAAAGGUAGCAGGAAUAACUUGGACGCGGAAAGCACGGGAUAGAUCUUUGUGGAGAAUACUUGGGGAGGCCUAUGCUGAAAAGCAAGACAAUCCAAUAACCGGUGUCUAAAAGAAAAAAAAAAUAGCAUUAAUUUACAUAAACCUGUUUGUAUUGUAAUUCAUGUGUAGAUUAAGAUGAAAUGUAAAUUAUAAGAUUGUUAAUAAAGGCUUUAUUAUUAUUAUUAUUAUUAUUAUACAUUUUUUAUCUAAAAUAUACAAUUUAUUCAAUACAUUUAGUCAUUUAACAUACUUAAUCAUAAUCACUCACUCACACAAUCACUACUUGAAUUAAGGGACGUAUUUUGGUCGCUGAUUGUGCAUUUACUUUUUAAUAGAAGAUCGAUGUAGUGUACCUACUUUUGUUUUAAAUAAGUAAUAAGAUCUCAUUGAAUUUUAUGAAUUAAGGUAGCCUUCUAUUCUUGGCGACCGCGACCUGCGACCGCGCGACCCACUGUUUAGUAUGAAUUUAUAUGAAGCACUAAACAAAAACCGAGACGGCGUCGCGCGACCACUUUUGUUUAGUGCUCCAUAUAAAUUCAUACUAAAGGUAGCUUUCCCUUCUUGGCGAUCGCGACCUGCGACCGUGCGACCCACUGCUUAGUGCGAAUUUGUAUGAAGCACUAAACAAAAACCGCGACCGCGUCGCGGGACCACAUUUAAUUAGUGCUUCAUAUAAAUUCAUUUUGACGGCCUCCGUGGCGCAGUGGUAUGCGCGGUGGAUUUACAAGACGGAGGUCCUGGGUUCGAUCCCCGGCUGGGCCGAUUGAGAUUUUCUUAAUUGGUCCAGGUCUGGCUGGUGGGAGGCUUUGGCCGUGGCUAGUUACGUAAAGACGUACCGCCAUACGAUUUAGCGUUCCGUUACGAUGUCGUGUAGAAACCGAAAGGGGUGUGGAUUUUUAUCCUCCUAAUAACAAGUUAGCCCGCUUCCAUCUUAGAUUGCAUCAUCACUUACCAUCAGGUGAGAUUGUAGUCAAGGGCUAACUUGUAAAGAAUAAAAAAAAAAUUAUUAGCUGACCUGACCCAUACCUUGAAUUGAACACACGAUCAAAGAAUACUAAGGCCAUGACUUGACUCCUCAACCUUCUUUGGCUCUUUGAACCUCAUGCCGUGCUCUACAUCUUCAACUCUACUAAGAAUCUUCUUCAUAAUAAGAAAUUUAUCUUCUCUUACUACUCUAAGAUCUUCUGAUUUCUGAUUUGAUCACGCGAAGAUCCAAUAGGGAUGAUGACAGUUUUUUAAAUUGUAUAUAAAUUAAGAGUAUGAUAACAGUAAAGCAAUUUUGUAAAAGUAACAGGGUAUCUGCGAUCAUUACUUUCGGAGCUACAGGGAUUUAAAGGGUCAGAUUAGCGGCGCUGCCGCGGAUCCCAGAAAAACGCUCCAUACAAAAUGGCACGAACUAAUGACGUCGUAUAUAAUGUAAUGAUCGUUAGAUUUGUAUGUGCGUUCAAACAAAAUUACUAAUAUCUUUGUUAUUUGUGCAUUUAUGUUUAUAGUUCAUUUAUUAAAAAAUGUCACAUUUAAUGUAAGGAAGCUAAAACUGUAUGAAUUUUCAUCUGAUUACGAUAAAAGAUUUUUAAUAGAUUUUGAAAUUUUAUAAUCUCAUUUAUUUUGCAAAUAUCCAGUCAAUCUUUGCUUUUUAUAUACAAAUUAGUUAACAUUGACCCUAUUUACUCGAAUGUAUCAUAAAAAUCAAUAUAUUCAAACCUAGUCAUCAUCCCCAUUAUCCCUCCCUCCCUCAUCCAUCAUAUGAUGCUUAUAGCAAGUAAUUAAGUCUUGGAUCUAUAAAUACUACUUAUGUCAUCACUGGCUACACGCAGUAAUAAACACUAAAAAGGAUACUGUUAUGUAUAAAUAGUUUGACAAUUUAAAUAUAGAUAGAUUUUUUUAGAUAUAAUAAUGUAAUAAAGAAUACGAACUUCUUAGAUGAUUACUCAACCCGCUGUCUUAAUAUUUUGUUAUUGUGUAGGUUUUAAAAAGCAUAAUUAAAAUUAUAUAUAUAGAUUAAAAUCUAUACUAAUAUUAUAAAGCUGAAGAGUUUGUUUGUUUGUUUGUUUGAACGCGCUGAUCUCAGGAACUACUGGUCCGAUUUGAAAAAUUCUUUCAGUGUGAGAUAGCCCAUUUAUCGAGGAAGGCUAUAGGCUAUAUAAUAUCCCCGUAUAUUCCUAUAGGAACGGAAACCACGCGGGUAAAACCAUGCGGCGUCAGCUAAUUUUUAUAUAAAUUGAACGUUGAAACUUGAAUCACAUUGUUACUAAUGUAUAUAUGAAUGUUGUUUUGUAUAUAUCGCUAUAUAUUUUUAUAUAAGCACAUAGAAAUUAAGAUAAAAUAUACAUUAUAUAUAUAUUUUUUCAAA